UCCUUUUUUUUCUCAAGCCCACACUCUAUUCCCGUUGAGGCACUGCUAACAGGGAUGAACCACACAUCCAGCGGUGCUCCCGAUUAUAACCCAUUCGGUCCGAUGUGGGGUUUGGCGCUGAGCUUGGAUCCGACUGAGCAGGCCUGGGACUGAGAAGGCUGGGCGCUUUUGUUAGACCAGAGGAAGAGGGAGCUAGAGACUAUUAUUAAGAAGAAGACUGCGCACUGGAGGGGGUCGAGAAUUGAAAAUAUCUGUGUGAAACGUUAGCAGGGUUUUCUCUAAAUGCUCCAGCCCCUACACUGAGGAAGAGCCAAGCUUUGGGAUUGGGCAGCGACCAGAUAGCGUAACACCCCCUCCUCCUCUCUGUGGAGAAUUGCGUUAAAACGAAAAGGAAAAGGCCUGCGCUUUAUCUAAAUUACUGGAUUAUUUUUUUAUUUUUACCCCCUUUUAGAUUAAACGAGGAAACGUUGCUGGCUGGUGUAUGUGUUUAGAAUGGGACACGCUGAAGGUCCAGUCAAAGAAAAAGACAGUUAAGGAUGCAGGAGCCCAACAAUGGAUUUCUCCUUCUCUUUCAUGCAAGGGAUCAUGGGAAAUACAAUUCAGCAACCCCCUCAGCUCAUUGACUCAGCCAACAUCAGACAGGAAGGCACCUGCGACACCGGCAGUGACCCGGGCGAGGAUGGUGGACCCUCCUAUGAUGCUGCCCUGGAUGCAGAGUUUUCCUACCCACCGUCGGCUCCAGAGGACAUGUCACAGGUCUCCAAUGGUUACCCGCCGGGGCUGGGCAUGUACGAGCCGCAGGCUAAGUUCUCGAUGUACUCACAGUUCCCCAAUGGCUCGGCUAACGGCUACGGGGCGAUCCGGAGCUACGCCGAGCACGGCCUCCUGCCAGGAGAGGCCACAGUCCUGAGGGGCCCGGGCCUCCAGGAGAGACCUCUGUCCCCUGUGUCCCCACCUCUGCCCACUCACCACCCACAUCUCCACCACCACCAUCACCCUCAUCACCACCAUCACGCGCACCACUUCCACUCAAACUCACCUCACAUACAAACCCACUCGCACCCAGUGAGUCCUCCGCAUCCAGCGCUGCCCCCCCAGCACCACCUCGCCCAGACGCCUCACAUCAUGACCCACACUCUUCCCCCUCCUCCUCCACUGCACCUGCCUUCCUCCAGUCCCCCCCCUUCCCUCGUGGACAGUACCCCCUCCUCUCAGCCCUCCCACACUCCGUCCAUCACCCCUGGUGGGGUUCUGAAGAAAACCAGCUCCCCUGAGAUCAAGCUAAAGAUCAUAAAGACAUAUCAGAAUGGGAAGGAGCUGUUUGAAUCUGCACUGUGUGGAGACCUGCUGCAAGAACUGCAGAAAGAGUCUCAGAAGAAGGAGGCCGCUCAGAUGCAGCGCAGACAUGAGAGGAAGAAGGAGAAGAGGAAAAAGAGCGCGCGCCUGCAGCUGCAGGUCCAGGAACAGAAGCUGGACCAGAGCCAAACACAGACAGGUACCGCGGGCCAAACGGAGGACGUCCACAUCCAGCCUCAGCCGACAGAAACACUCCCGGUCCAGACGGAGAAGCCUCAGAAGACCGUUAUCAAAACUGAACCAAAGACGCCCAAGGUUCCUAAGGUCCACCAUCCAUCAGUGAUUCAGGAGACUGGCUUCUGUAAGGAGUUUGUGAUAGGAGAUCUGGUGUGGUCCAAGGUGGGCACAUACCCCUGGUGGCCCUGCAUGGUGUCCUCUGAUCCACAGAUGAAGGUCCACACUCGCAUCAACACCAGAGGUCAUAGGGAGUAUCAUGUCCAGUUCUUCGGCAGCGUUGCUGAGCGUGCUUGGAUCCAUGAGAAGAGGAUUGUCAUAUACCAGGGGAAGAAACAGUUUGACGAGCUGCAGGCUGAGACACUGCGCAAGACCACAAACCCUGUAGAGAAAAGCAAACUCCUAAAGCCUAUUCCUCAGCGGGAGCGUUCUCAGUGGGAGGUGGGCGUCGGCCAUGCAGAGGAUGCCUUUGUGAUGACACGACAGGAGCGAAUUGACAACUACACCUUCAUCUAUGUUGACCCUGAGCCUGCUGAAGCCCCGCCUAGCAAGAAACCCAACAUCAGACCUGAGAAACGAAGCCGACGCGGCUCAGUCACCAAGAAAGAAGACAAAGCAGUGAAGUCACCAGAGAGAGAGCAGCCGCCACGUAGGCAGCUCCCACGCCGACAGUGUAGUGUGUCAAACACUGAAGACAACACACACUCCCAAGCCUCGAAUGAAGAGAAGAACCAGAAGGUAGACCAGCGUAAGGCGUCCUCUCCGAAACAGAACUCUGGCCAUGAGGCUCGAACACGGCAGGACUCACCGCCUCCUGUCAGGGCCUGGAAAACAGCAGCUGCCAGGAAGCUGCUUCCUCUCUCCAUCACCAUGAAGAGGUUAAAUGUGGAGAUCACUAAGUGUGACUGGCCUCUCCUGCAGAAAAAAGCUGCUACAUCACCGAAGAAAGACAAAGAAGAAGAGAAGGAGGAGAGAGUGGAGCGUGAGGCCAGACAGCCCGACCUAGGCUACUGCUCGCCUGAGGAUAGAGCCAAACCUGAGCCCAGUCCUGAGGAGGAGGAAGAUGGGGAUGAAGGGGAGGAAGAGGGGGAGGAGAGAAGAGGAUCUCCCGCCAGUCGGAGGAGUGAAGAAGGAGGAACGCAGCAGACGUCCUCUCCUGGAUCACACCACAGUAGUCCACACAGCUCUCAGGAGAGGAAGCUGCAGAGGCGGUCAGUCAGGAGCAGGUCAGAGUCAGAGAGGGGCAACGAUCCCGUCCCUAAGAAGAAAACCAAAAAAGAACAGGCUGAGAUGGCUCCUGAGAACACACUUAGGACUGGCUCACAGAAAGGAGCCAGUGAGAUCUCAGAUGCCUGCAAGCCUCUAAAGAAGAGAAGCAGAGCAUCAACAGAUGUGGAGAUGACUUCUUCUCAGUACAGAGACACCUCCGAUUCAGACUCCAGAGGUCUCAAUGACCCACAGGGUUUGUUUGGGAAGAGUCUUGACAGUCCAGCAGCAGCAGACGCAGAUGCUUCAGACACCCAGUCUGUAGAUUCGGGUUUGUCCCGUCAGGACGGCAGCACUGGCAAGAGAGACACUGUCUGCCAGAUCUGUGAGGUGUAUGGUGAAGGUCUGGUGGUGUGUGAAGGCGACUGCAGCAGACAGUUUCACCUUGAGUGUCUCGGCCUCUCAUCUUUACCUGAAGGCAGAUACAUCUGCCAGGAAUGUAGAAAUGGUAAUCAUCCUUGUUUUAGCUGUAAAACAGCAGGCCGGGAGGUAACACGCUGCUCUGUGUCUGGAUGUGGUUGCUUCUACCAUGAAGACUGUGUCCGGAAACUUCCAGGAACCACCAGCAAUCAGGGCGGAGGUUUCUGUUGCCCUCAGCACAGCUGCUCUACCUGCUGCUUGGAGAGAGACCUGCAACGAGCCAGUAAAGGUCGCCUGAUGCGUUGCAUCCGCUGUCCGGUGGCUUAUCACACUGGAGACAGCUGUGUGGCUGCAGGCAGCGUCGUCCUCACCCAUCACAUCAUGAUCUGCAGCAGCCACGGAAGCGCCAAGAGGAACGGCCUCCUCAGCUCCCCCGUCAAUGUGGGCUGGUGCUUCCUGUGUGCCCGAGGGCUGUUAGUGCAAGACCUUACUGACACCAUAUUAAGUUCAUAUGCCUAUAAGUCCCACUACCUUCUGACUGAGUCAAAUCGUGCUGAGUUGAAAUUACCUAUGAUUCCCUCUCCUUCGUCAGCUACCAAAAAGAAUGUUGGGAAAGGAGGCAAGUUGCUGUGCUGCGACUCCUGCCCUGCGUCCUUCCACCCGGAGUGUUUGGAGAUAGAGAUGCCUGAGGGGGCGUGGUCCUGCAGCGAUUGCAGGGCGGGGAAGAAGCCUCACUACAAACAGAUUGUCUGGGUCAAACUGGGCAACUACAGGUGGUGGCCUGCCGAGAUCUGUAACCCCCGCUUGGUGCCGUCAAACAUCCAGAGCCUUCGCCACGAUAUCGGUGACUUCCCUGUCUUCUUCUUCGGCUCCCAUGACUACUACUGGAUCAACCAGGGCCGGGUCUUCCCCUACGUGGAGAACGAUAAGAACUUUGUCACGGGUCAAAUCAACAUCAACAAAACAUUCAAAAAGGCAUUGGAAGAAGCAGCUCGAAGGUUUCAGGAGCUCAAGGCCCAGAGGGAGAGCAGGGAGGCUUUAGAGCAGGAACGCAACUCACGCAAACCUCCACCCUACAAGUUUAUCAAGUCCAACAAACCAGUGGGAAAAGUCCAGGUACACGUAGCCGACUUGUCAGAAAUCCCACGAUGCAACUGUAGACCCUCAGAUGAGCAUCCUUGCAGUCUCCACUCCCAGUGUUUGAACCGCAUGCUACAGUACGAGUGUCAUCCGCAGGUGUGUCCUGCAGGAGACAGCUGUGAGAAUCAGUGUUUCUCCAAGCGUCUGUAUGCAGAGACAGAAGUGAUAAAGACAGACGGCCGUGGAUGGGGCCUCAAAACCAACCAGGCUCUCAGGAAGGGUGACUUUAUAACGGAGUAUGUUGGAGAGGUGAUAGACUCGGAGGAAUGCCAGCAGCGAAUCAAACGUGCCCAUGAAAACCAUGUGACCAACUUUUACAUGCUCACCCUCACCAAGGACCGUGUGAUCGAUGCCGGCCCAAAAGGAAACUCCUCUCGGUUUAUAAACCACAGCUGCAGCCCAAACUGUGAAACGCAGAAGUGGACGGUAAACGGAGACGUACGCAUCGGAAUCUUCGCCCUUAGUGAUAUUGAGGCUGAUGCGGAGCUAACGUUCAAUUACAACCUGCACUGUGUGGGCAACAGGAGAACAUCCUGUCACUGUGGGUCAGACAACUGCUCUGGAUUCCUCGGGGUUCAGCCAACAAGCGCUGUGGUGAUGGAGAAAGAAGAGAAGGCGAGGAAUGCAAAGCUGAAGCCCAAGAAGAGGAAGCUACGCAUGGAGGGCAAACACACUCAUGAAUACUUCUGUUUCUGGUGCGGAGAGGGAGGAGAGCUGGUGAUGUGUGACAGGAAGGACUGUCCAAAGGCGUAUCACCUGCUGUGUCUCAACCUCACCAAGCCUCCAUAUGGACGUUGGGAGUGUCCGUGGCAUGACUGCAGCAUCUGCGACUCCUCGGCCUCGUCCUUCUGUGACUUCUGCCCUCGCUCGUUCUGCCAGGAUCACGAGGCGGGGGCGCUCACCUCCUCCUCCCUGGAAGGCCGCCCCUGCUGCUCCAGUCACAACCCCAACAAUCCCCUGGGCUCUGAGUCCAGCUCAACACAGCGACGCCGCUCGGCUCUGAGCCCUGUCAGAGUGAAAGAAGAGCCUGAGCAAGAUAAGCCGGACAGAGAGUGACGCUGCAGCUCCCACAAUACCUCAUUCCCUGUGAAGUGCACUCCUGUCGGUCUCCUCAACUCCAGUCACCCUCUGAUCGGAAGCAGUGCGCUAGAAAAAGGGAAUACAGUGCUUUUUACCAAUGUGAUGGCCCCUGUUCAGAGAGGAGACGAUGAACACCUCGGUGCUGUUUGUGGUGAGCUGCAGCUGGUUAGAGCAGAGCAAUGGAGUGUCGGCAGAGAAUUGCGCACUGUUUUCCCUCCUCUUCUUGCCAUAACCCAACUAACGCUUUCUGCAGCUCCACUGAAGGCCCACACAUCCACAUCAUCAUGUUUCCUUUUGUAUUUUUUACAGCUGUGGAAAUUUUAAGUCUUGUCCCGUUGUCAUUAACCGGCACUUUGAAGAACUCAACGAGUGAGGUGGAGAGAAGACGAAGAGGACAAAAGGGGGAGGCAGAACCUCUCCGUCGCCAACACCGCGACCACGCUGCUCCUCUCUGUGUUUACCUGCUGUAUUCUGUGGUCGACAUCUCUCAAACACGAUGGCUGUACAGAGACAAGCCAACCUCCUCCACAGCAGAUCUUCACUCCUGACGUGGUCUGUCAUCAUAUUUAUCUCUUCUUGAGGGAGGAAAUGAUCGUUUAGUGCAAUUUAUUCAAGACCACACUACAUUCCAAUCUUCCUUCAACAUGGUUUAAUAUACUUAUGGGUAUAGAUGAAUAUAAUUAUAUACAGUAUCUAUGUUUGUUAAUGUUUACAGACGGAUUCUCUCACUUCAUCUCGGUGAGUGGUGUAUUAUGUUUGUUUGUUUAGGUGUUUAAGCAUUACGCAGACCUCCUUGUGAAAAUAGUCAUAUUAAGGUGAAAUAUAAUGGUAAAUAGUGUAAUGGUAUGACAUUACAGAAGUACUUGUGAUUUUCAUAUUGCCAGUCUCACUCGCCAUUGUGUACAUAAUUGGCUCAUAAUAUUGUAAAGUACUUAAAGAUCAGGAGGGCUGCGGCUCCGCCUGUCUGGUUGUUCCGAAAGAAGGAAAAUGCUUUUGUAAACAAGAAACAGAUCGUUUUUUUAUUUUCAUCUCUCUGUGAAGUUUUUUUCUCACAUUUUCUCUGAGCAUUUUUUGUUUUUUGUAUCAUAGACGAGGAGCUCAGCUGUGAUCACUGGUGCUGUCUUUAAGUAUUGUUUAUCAGCCGUAAGUUCACUUUUUCUGUACAAACUACUGCUCAGAUGCAGUCUGUUUUCAGUUACGUUGAGUACUGUGAUCGCUUUCAUGCUCUUUUUUUCUUUUUCCUUUUUUUGGUUUUGUUUUGCCAAACUUUCUGAAAAGCACUUUUACACAGCUUGUCGCUACACAACUUAGCUAGGUCGUACAUUUACAAAAAAUGUAAAGAACAUAAGACAAGUGUUUCAAAAUGGAUACCUCUUCUUGUAGUAACGUCGGAAUUUAAACUGUGUUGUAACUUUUUUCCUCAAGGUCAGAAACUUUGCUGGGCGUGGUUGGGUGUUUUUUUGAGGAAAGUGCCCUAAAUGCUGGGGUGUUUUUUAUUUUUUAUUUUAUUUUUCGGGCACACGUAGGAUAGACUGCCAGCCUGGCUUAACACAAAGACUCCUGGAAAGGAGUGUCUUCAUUUUCCACCUGAAGAACAUGCUCAAGGCUGGGCUUUUAUAUAAAGACGUAAUGGUAUAACAACAGUCCAGUUCAGUAUAAUGUAUAAAUACAAACUUCUGUACAGUGUUUUUAAAUCUCUCAUCUGUCAAAUCCAAAUUUUUUCUAUUUAUUGCACCACAUUUUAUACCAAUUUCUUUCUCAAACACCAGUGCAGUAAUUUGUCUCCCUCUCCACAACGGUGUAAGUGAAAUAGACUAUUUAAAAGAACAUGGGGAGUUUUACAUGACAUAUAAAUAUAUAUAUCUGUAUCUAGUCAUUGCAUCCGUUUUUUGUUUCUGUACAUUUGGUGUGAUGAUUCCACAUUUGGUGACAGCCGCUGCUCAUCACCCUGUAUCGUGACUCACUGUAAUCGGUGUUAAAGGCAGUGUGAAGCAGUUCAAUAUAGGAAUGUAAAGUUUCAGUUCAGAGCAGUUUUUGUGCUUUUUUUAAAAAACCCUGGACUCAAAUAUUCAUCACAGGAGGACAUUAAUCCAUUAAUAUUUAUGCCUCAGCCUUUUGCUUGUAAAGCUACCCUGGUCAGAUUACUGUCUGAUUGUUGUUUUGAUUUUUUACUGCCUUCCAUAAUUGUAUAUGCUAAAGGUCAAGCUACAGACUGAAACAGUGCCAAUAUUUCCAUAUGUUUCAAUUUAUUAAGGGUCUUUUUAGAUACACCGGCUUUUACCUCAGCUGCUAGUCUAUUCAGUACACCUAGCUAAUAUUAAUCUAGUCUAAUGCAACGGUCCUGUUUUAUAUCCUACCUUUAAAAGGGUACCCUGCAUACGAAGACAUUUGGCCUUAUUAGGAAAAACACUGGUGUCUUUUAAAGUCCCUGUAAAAAGAUUUAAAAUACAUAUAUUAUUUUGGUUUGUUGUAUGACAGGACGCUGUGUUACGAACUGCUAGGCCAAAUUUCAGCCAUGACAAAAAUCUCUAGUUUUUCAGGGUUAUUCCCCAUCAAGGCUGGUGAUGUCAUGGGCUCCUAUAUUUGCCCCGCUUAAAUAAAACCAAGCCAGGAAAGAGGUGAACAACGUUCUAACGGUCUAAAUCAACAAUUCAGUCACGCAGAUCUCAGUGUUUUCACCUGUUGACAGCAACUUUAUUCCAACAUAUCUAGUGUGUUAAGACACAAAAUUGGAUUCCACUUCUUUACAGGGACUUUAAAUGUAUGAUGUAUAAGAAACUCACUAUAUUUGUACACAUUGAGAAAUUUAAAAAAGAAAGUUUCACAUGCCAUUGUUGUACAAAGCACUCUGGGUAGUGAUGUCAUUGUUCUUCCUACAUCUCUCUGAUUGUACUCACCUCCAUUUACAUUACAGGAACUUCUUCCUUACUGUCAUUUUCACUAAAACUGCACUCUGGUUAAAUUAAAAUGGUUUUAAGGUUGACACUUCAUUGGAAGAACAUUGCUCUGCAAUGGCAGCGAAUUUGUUAAUUAAUCUUUUCUUUUUUUUAAAUUUCUGAAUGUAUAGAACUACAGUGUUUAGCUGUAUAUCAUCCUUAUAAAAGAUUAAUGUGAAUCUUAUAAAGUCAAAAUGUCUAAUGUGAAGGACUCCCUUUAAAGCCUGUGAAACACUUUUGAUUUGGUGCCCCCUAUGGACAAAACUGCACCUCUUUGCUUACCCAAUCCUCUAUUUUUCUCUUAUCUUCAACUCUUUAGAAAGGAAAUGUUUCAAAAGUCGUCGCUACAGCAAGCUGGUUCUUACCUUCCCUUCUUUAAAGGUGACUGGUUUUAAACCUAACUUUAAAGAAGUAAGUCUCUGCACUGAUUGCCUGGUUUGCUUUUAUAGCUCUUAUAGAAGAAUCAGUAAUCAUUUAAAUGUGUUUCAUAACCAGCAAAAAACUCAUCACAGGUGCUUUGAGAAGGUAACGAUAUCAAUAUAUUUUUCUGUUAAUGUUGAAUAAAUAUAUGAGCCAUUUUUGCAGGAGGAAAAUGGUUUUUAAUUUAAAUUAUGACUAUUACUUUUCAAAGCUAUCUACUACUUUUUCACUCUUUAUAUCAGCAAGAGCAGGUCAAAUAACAGAAACACUGCUGUCUUGUGCAAACUUGCUCCUCCUCAUCAGUGAACCCUAAUACUUAUUUUAUUGUAGAAUAUUUGACAGGACUGUUGUUUUGAAGUGGUUUAUCUUUAGUUUAAGAUAUUAUGAAGUGACAAAGGUGUUAAUCAUCAAGAUUAAAAGCCCACAAAAAGUCAAAAAAGAACAGGAGCCAUUGAAUGCAGAAAGUUAGCCCUAAGAGGAAAUGCAAAGUUAUAGUUUAUUUUACUUUAUUUUCCUUGGGAUAACCAGUGCUGUUAAACUUAAUAAGUCAGAAUUUCCUGAAAGCAACUUAAAUUUACUCAUUAUCAUUAGAAGACUGGAUAACAUGAAUGGAUGUCUGUCUCCUUCUGGCUUCUGUAGGAAAUUGACAGAAUCUAAUGAUCAUCCAAGAGAAACUGCUGAUGUGGAAUAAUAAUUUGUGUCUGAAACAUAUGACUAAAAAAAUCCACCCAAAACUAAGAAAAUGCAAAUAUUUGGGAAAUAACACUUUAAAACAGUGUACAUUUUUCCUUUUACACAGCUAAGUUACAGGGGGAAAGUACACGUUUAAUGUUUGUGGAGGAGAAUGUUGAUUUUAUGUGCCCUUAACUUAUGCAUAACCUGCUCUUAAAGUGCUAAAAACGUUACAGGAUUCAAAUAGAAAUAUGUUCUCUGCAUUUAAAGGCUCCUUUCUUUCUUUCUUUUGGGGUCUUUUAUACCCCAUUACAUGACAAAUUCUUGGUGAACUGCUCCCACAUUUGCCAAACUUCAUAUUCUAGAGACAAAUUUUUUCUCUAAGAGUUUCGCCUUUUUUUUCAGUACUUGUAUCAUUGUAGGUGCAUCAUUUUGGCACUUUUACUAACAAGUCACUUGCGUACUCAAAUGGUCUGAAUGUCAAAACUUGAAUUUUCUUUCCUUUUUUUUUUAUUUAUUAAUGUUUUUUAUUUUGUUUGUUUUUACAAAGGUUUCAUAUGUGAUCAUUAGUCUGCAGGACCUUUUGACUCCUAUGUUUGUGGCUUCUCGAAAAAUGUCUGACUGAAAAUGUUUUCUUGUUUUAAAGCCUUUUUCUUUCACUGAGGUGGCUGACGCACAUGCUUCCAACAUCAGACGCUGGUUUCUCCACUUCUGUGUGUGAAUUGUUGGAGGAUCUUGAACUGCCUGAUUUCAUGCCAGUUUUGUUUGUUUUGUAUCUUUUUUAACACCAUAUUGCACGGAAAUUGUGCAAAACAGCCUUUAUUUUCUUUGUUUGCACCUGCAGAUCGCAUGAUCAUGCAUCAUUUUGUGCCAGUUGUCCUCUUCUGCCCUUGUCAGCAGCAGUGUUACGUAUGCCUGAUUUAUGUCUCGGUGUGAAUCAUUGCUUCACUUUAAAAGAAAUUAUCUGAUGUGUAUGUUCAGUUAGUUAAUUUGUAUUGUAGUUCCCCACUUUGUUUUCUUUAUGAGACAGCAUGUUCAUUCUCAUUUAAGUGACCAUUAAAAUGUCUGAGGAUGUUUUUUUUUUUUUUUUUCAAAAUUGUCCAGGAAUUUACUGAUCAAUAUUUUUUGUAUACACUUAAAUUUAGGAUGGACCACCACCUCCCUGUUUGUAUAAGAGUAUGUUUCAUUUUCACUGUGAUGUCUUUUGGUUAUUGUGCAAUGUUGCCGACUGUCAUUACAUUUUCAAGUUGACAUGCUGUCAAAGGAGAAAUAGUGUUGAAAUAAAUAAUGAAAUUCACCUCUGUGAGCACUCAUCAUCUCUUUUUUACUUGUAGUAAACUUACUUACAGUAACUCUAACUGGGGUCGUAUCUAUCUCUCUUGGUGUUGCUUCAAUGAAAAAGUGGAUGAACACAAAAUACCAUGUUGAUUACUGUUCAACCUGUGUUACUGCAUACUGCAUAUUGUUGAAAAACCUGUAAAUAGUUUGCAUUGAACUUGCAUAGGAUCAUGUUACUGUGGCGUGCUCUUUUUGCCUGUACAAUUCUGCUUCUAAAUGUGUGUGACUGUUGAGACGACACUCUUUUUGUACAUGACUGUCUUUUUAUUUGGAAAUAUUGAUUCUGUCCUUUUUUCAUUCUAAAGUUGAGUUUGAAGAGUUCAGACAUGCCUGAAGUUUGACUUUAA